CGUGGAUCCCGAGAAACAGCCGCAGGACGAGGAGGCAGAACCCGACGGGCGCGUAGAGCAGCAGCGCAAGCAGCAGGAAGCCAUCACCCGGGAGCCUGGUGGCGAGAGGCAAGGUGAUCAGGCGCGGAAGGCCGAGAGGGCGCGGAGGCCGGCCUGUUCCUUCCCGAGCUCUUACCGGUGCGAGUCAAAGAGGCGCUCCGGCCCCGGGGUCGGGGGAGGCUCCAUCGCAGCUGCUUCAGGGAAGCCGGACCUUUUCCGCCGCCAUCUUCGAGCCGGGCCGCAGGGGCUCCUGGGAAGGCGGAGUCUUUGGUUAUCCGCCAGGGUGCCAGGACCCGAAGUCCGGGAGGCGCCCCGGAAGGGCUAGCGGUCCCAGCAUGCCUCGCGGCCUCUUGGGCAGCCAGAGAACUCGCGUCCCACAGGGACUACAAUUCCCGUCAUUCACGAGGCGGGGGCGGAGUCGGCCUCCGGGAAUCUUGGGUCCCGGCGUGCACUUCUGACGGACUUCAGAUACCAGCGUGCUCUGCGUCCUGCUGUCUGCCAGAUCCCGUCCUGGGCACCGCCUCUGAGUAGGGCGGGAGAGCUUGCGGCCAAGGCGGAGCUGAUGGCUGCGUUGAGGGCGGGGCGGGGUACUGGCUGGAGCCUCCGCGGAUGGCGGGCUUUGGGGGGUAUUCUUUGGAGGAAGGGACCCCUGUUGACCCCUGACCUCCGGGCCCUGAUGACGUCAGGAACUCCUGACCCCCGGGCCCGGGUGACUUAUGGGACCCCCAGUUUCCGGGCCCGGUUGUCUGUGGGGGUCCCUGAGCCGCGAGCAAGUCUGACAUCUGGGACUCCGGAUCACCCGGCACGCCUUGCUGCGGGGACCCCAGAUCCCCGAACCCAGGAGACCUUGGGGACCCAAGGAACUUGUCGGCGCGUGUGGCUGGCUGUGGCGCUGGGCGCUGGGUGGGCAGUGCUGUUGUUGUUGUGGGGCGGGGGGCGGGGACCGCCGGCGGUCCUUGCGGCGGUCCCUGCUCCACCGCCCACCUCUCCUCGGAGCCAGUAUAACUUCAUCGCAGACGUGGUGGAGAAGACAGCACCUGCCGUGGUCUAUAUCGAGAUCCUGGACCGGCACCCUUUCUCGGGUCGCGAAGUCCCUAUCUCAAAUGGCUCAGGAUUCGUGGUAGCUGCAGAUGGGCUCAUUGUUACCAACGCCCAUGUGGUAGCUGAUCGGCGCCGAGUCCGUGUGAGGCUGCCUAGUGGAGACACAUAUGAGGCCAUGGUCACAGCUGUGGAUCCCGUGGCAGACAUUGCCACACUAAGGAUUCAGACCAAGGAGCCUCUCCCCACACUGCCCCUGGGACGUUCAGCUGAUGUGCGGCAAGGGGAGUUUGUCGUUGCCAUGGGAAGCCCCUUUGCACUGCAGAACACGAUCACAUCUGGCAUUGUUAGCUCUGCUCAGCGACCAGCCAGAGACUUGGGACUCCCCCAAACCAAUGUGGAAUAUAUUCAGACUGAUGCAGCUAUUGAUUUUGGAAACUCUGGAGGUCCCCUGGUUAAUCUGGAUGGGGAGGUGAUUGGAGUAAACACAAUGAAAGUCACAGCGGGAAUCUCCUUUGCCAUCCCUUCUGAUCGCCUGAGAGAGUUUCUCCAUCGAGGGGAAAAGAAAAACUCCUGGUUUGGAAUCAGUGGGUCCCAGCGCCGCUACAUUGGGGUGAUGAUGCUGACUCUUACUCCCAGCAUUCUUGCUGAACUACAGCUUCGAGAACCAAGCUUUCCCGAUGUUCAGCAUGGUGUACUCAUCCAUAAAGUCAUCCUGGGCUCCCCUGCACACAGGGCUGGUUUACGGCCUGGUGAUGUGAUCUUGGCCAUUGGGGAGCAGCUGGUACAAAAUGCUGAAGAUGUUUAUGAAGCUGUUCGAACCCAAUCCCAGCUGGCAGUGCGGAUCCGGCGGGGUUCAGAAACACUGACCUUAUAUGUGACCCCUGAGGUCACAGAAUGACUGGAUUAGCAAGAGUAUGAGGCUCCUGCUCCAAUUUCCCCCUUACCUUCCUAGCCUAGGUUCUGAGGGCACCUGGGCCGAGGAGUCAAUGAACCAGUGGGGGGCAGGUCCCUCCAGCCACCAGCACCCUGGGCUCGCAAGAAUCACAAGAACACUUUUUAUAUAAAAUAAAAUAAUACCUAGCAACAUGUUAUUGUCAAAAAUGGAGGGUGGGAGCUGGAUCUUUUCCCCCACCAAAAGGCUAGAGGUAAAGCUGUAUCCCCUGAACUUAGGGGAGCUAUGGGAGCUGACCAUCUGAUCUCCCUAUUCAAGAAAAUGAGCUGCUGCCAUCUGUCACUCUGAGCAGUGAGUCAGAUGCUG